AUGUGCUUCGGUGGCGUUUAUGGGUUAGAAUAUGCCCACAGCCAUGGAGCCAAGCGAAGUGGCCACUCUCCUCUGGUUCCACCUUAUGGGUUGCAAGUGUUUCUCUAUUUCAAGAACUACUUCUUACCAUCUGGCACCAUCCAGACAUUUAAACCACAGAAUGAGAAGACAAAGCAAGACUGUGUAGAAGAACAGAGGAUCAUGGACAAAGUCCACCACGAAAAGCAUGGUUAUUCUAUUUUCACUGAAGAAAAUUUCAAAGACAGAAUCACUGCUGUUCACCAUUUUGGCAAGGAAAACAAUCAGAAACUAGUAUCAGAUGAAAACAUUAACCAGGAAAGAGAGAAAGAUUUAUCUUAUUUUGAAGUCCACGUAAUUGAACAAAAUAGUACAUUGCAAAAUCUUUUGGAAAGUAGACUGACAACAAAUGAAGAUUUUUAUAUGAAUAAUGGAAUAAACAACUACAAUGACUUAAAGAUAUCUAUUAGCCCUGAAUCCACUGGGCAAAAUAGUUCUAAAGAUGGAGAUGAUGCCAUCAGAAAUCUACAUGACCAUCAAGAAUCUGCUGUAGCUCUCAUUCAAAGUCAUUCUCAGCAGGCCACAGGGUCAGUAACUUCGAUAAAACUCUUAAGAGCAGAAAGCAAAGAGACUAAAUCUGGUAACAAUCUCAGCAAAACCCCAGCAGAUAUGAAUGACGCGAAGGCUCCAUCAAAUAAUAAAAAAAGUCAACAGAGAAAUUCCCAACCCCUAAGUAAUCCUGUCAAAAGCAAAAUCACUUAUUCUAUCCCACUGAACACUGAUUAUCCAAGACAAUUCUCCCAAAUGAAAAACAUCCAUAGUGAUUUUGAAGGCAGUGGAUACUCAGAUUUUCAAGAUAAAGCGGAUCAUCUCUCUCCUCUCAGUGGAGAUGAUCAACCUUUCAAGUAUCUUUAUAAUCCUAGUAAAGAAGAAGCUAUUGUUUCUGGCCUAGAAGAUUCCAAUAUCCAAACAGAAUUUUCAGAUCCAAAUAAAGCUGAGACUAUUGAUCCUGAUACAAAAGGAGCUGGCUAUAAUGAGCCCCCAGAGAAAGAAGAAAAUGGGAGAAAUAUCAGUAGAAUCAGGACCAAAAUGGGAAAAAUAGCAAAUAUAGCUGGUGUAAGCCAAUCAGAGGGCAGCAAUGACAUUAUAGGUAGCACUAAUUUUAAGGAAUUACCUGGGAAGGACGGCCAGAGAGUGGAUGCCAGUAGCCAAAAUGCUCACCAAGGAAAAGUCAAGUUUCUUUACCCUCACACACGCUCAAAAGAGGAAAGAAAGGAAGUCAGUAGCUAUGUAGUUGAAGCUACAAAUCAUAAUACAAUUCCAAAACAAGACAGAGAGAGUCAUAGAAAAGAGAUGAACUAUUCUAGUAAGAAUCAAGCCAUCUCAAGUGAAAAGCAAGAGCUUUCUAGUAAGGGUCAAAAUCAAGACAUAUUCAUUCCUUCUCCUGGUAUUGAUAAUGAAAUUGUUUUCCAGAUUGGUCCCGGAUUUGAAUGGACUGUAAAAACACAUAGGAAAAAAGGUCUUAAUGGACACCAGAGACAAAAUACUACUACAUGGAAUAACAUUAUAUCACAAAGGAAAGUCCCCUGGGUUCACAGAAAACCCUACUCCAACAGGCUCAGCAGCUUUAGAAAGCCAGACAGCAGUGAAUCAUCAUCAGACAGUAGCAGUUCAAGUGAAAGUGAGGGUGACUAA